AGACUCUGUCGCGUCUGGCGAUCACGAAGAUGGCGGAUCCUGUGCUCGAUGACAUUUCGCAUCGCCGAUACAACCCGCUGACCGGCUCCUGGCUUUUGGUCUCGCCCCAUCGCACCAAGCGGCCAUGGCAGGGCCAACAAGAAGCGCCGUCUAAGAACGUACUCCCCGUAUACGAUCCCCAGUGCUACUUGUGUCCCGGAAAUACGCGGGCCCAAGGCGACCGCAACCCGCAGUACGAGAGCACCUUCACGUUUGUCAAUGAUUACAGCGCGGUCAAGGAGCAGCAGCAGGAGUACCAGCCGCAAACCGACAAAGAUGGCGUUGCUUCGCUCCUGCUGCAGGCGCAGGCCGUCACCGGCCGGUGCUACGUGCUCACCUUCUCCCCCAAGCACCACGUCACGCUCGCCGACAUGGCCGCCGCGGAGAUCCUGCCCGUCAUCCAGACCUGGACGCGUAUCUACGCCAGCCACCUGAGUGCCGCGCACCCGCUCAAGGCGCAGGGCGAGAAGGCUCUCGCGAGCAUCCCGGCGAACCCCGACGGCGAGGUCGACCCGCCCAGGGGCCAGCUGCGGUACAUGCAGAUCUUCGAGAACAAGGGCGCCGCCAUGGGCUGCUCGAACCCGCACCCGCACUGCCAGAUCUGGACCACGAGCACGCUGCCCGAGGAGCCGGCCAAGGAGCUCGCGCAGAUGGCCAAGUACAGGGCCGAGAACGGCCGCCAUCUGCUGGACGACUAUGCCAAGCUCGAGGCGGCCAGGAGCGAGCGCGUCGUGUGGCAGAACGACGGCUUUCUCGUCGUCUGUCCCUGGUGGGCCAUUUGGCCGUUUGAGGUGCUCGUUAUCGCGAAGCGCCAUGUCCGCGCGCUGGUGGACCUCACGGACGAGGAGCGGCUGCAGUUUGCCGAGGCGGUGCAGGAGGUGACGCGGCGCUAUGACAACUUGUUUGAGACGAGCUUCCCGUACAGCUCCGGUAUUCAUCAAGCGCCGCUGGACUGCACCGAGCAGGAGGCCGAGACCAGCUGGUUCCACAUGCAUUUCUACCCGCCGUUGUUGCGGUCGGCCACCGUCCGGAAGUUCCUCGUCGGUUUUGAGUUGCUGGCCGAGCCGCAACGGGAUAUCACUCCCGAGCAGGCGGCUGCGCGAUUGAGGAGCUGCGGCGGGGAAUUGUACCGCAAGCUGUUGAACUGAGCGCGGCCGGCGGAGGGCACUCUAUUUUCACAGUCACGGUAUGAGCAUAAAUAGGCCGUGGGUGUCAGCAUUAGCAUUAUUAGCCCUGGCACAACGCAGAACAGAGAAACUACUCCCGCCUCCCG